AUGUUUUCUUUUCUUGUCUCGCAAGUCGCAACUUUUCUUUCCAACCAAAAAAGGGAACCAAAUUUCCCGAGAAAAUUAAAUCACAUAAUUCAUGUUGUAAUAUUCAACAUUUCUUAGUCUCUCUCUCUCUCUCUCUCUCUCUCUCUCUCUCUAAGCUGUGCCCUUAAACUUCCCCCCACUAACCUUCCGUCUUCGGCCGUUUGACGGAGCCUCCAACACUUCUCUCUCUCUCUCUCUCUCUCUCUCUCUCUCAGAGAUUGGGAUCUCGAAAAUGCAGAGCGCAGCAUUUACAUUCGCUCCCUCCAUUCCACGUCUCAGAAAUCGAACGCCUUCAGCUCGUGCUGUAGCGCCUCGUUUUGAUCCCAUACGCCUCUCUACCACUGCGAAAUCCAUUGAUCUCGCCUCCUCCAAUGGUGUCUCCGCUUCUUCUUCGUCGUCUAUGCCCCUCCGGCCGUCUUCGUCGCGGUUCGGUGUCUUUACCUCUCCCUCGCACGUGGCCUCGGAUCGUAAAGCGGAGGAUUUUGUUGUUAGGGCGACCUCGGUGCCGGAGAGCGCUGACGAGAGUGACAAGGCGGACAGCUGGAUGCAGACCUUGCAGCUCGGAUCACUGUUCGGGCUUUGGUACCUUUUCAACAUUUACUUCAACAUCUACAAUAAGCAGGUUUUGAAGGUAUAUCCAUUUCCAGUAACAAUCACUUUGGCUCAGCUUGCUGUUGGGACUAUACUUGUUAUCUUAAUGUGGACACUGAAUCUCCACAAAAGACCUCAAAUUAGUGGUUCACAGCUUGCAGCAAUUGUCCCACUGGCGCUGGUGCACACGUUAGGCAACCUUUUUACCAAUAUGAGUCUUGGGAAAGUAGCUGUCUCAUUUACUCACACAAUUAAAGCUAUGGAGCCCUUUUUCUCCGUUGUUCUGUCUGCAAUGUUUCUUGGGGAGAUGCCUACUGUCUGGGUAGUUUUGUCUCUUGUCCCAAUUGUUGGUGGAGUUGGUUUGGCAUCAGUUACAGAGGCCUCAUUUAAUUGGGCUGGGUUUUGGAGUGCAAUGGCUUCAAAUCUGUCCAAUCAAUCUCGUAAUGUCCUUAGCAAAAAGGUCAUGGUUAAGAAAGAGGACUCGAUGGACAACAUUACUCUCUUUUCAAUUAUAACAAUUAUGUCCUUUAUCUUGCUAGCUCCUGUGGCUGUUUUUAUGGAAGGUGUCAAGUUUACUCCUUCAUACCUGCAGUCUGCUGGAUUGAAUGUCAGACAAGUGUAUAUUAGGUCUCUUCUGGCUGCACUCUGCUUCCAUGCAUAUCAGCAGGUUUCUUAUAUGAUAUUGGAGCGUGUAUCCCCAGUGACGCACUCUGUGGGCAACUGUGUGAAGCGGGUGGUGGUCAUUGUGUCCUCUGUUCUCUUCUUCCAGACGGCAGUCUCACCUAUCAACGCCAUUGGCACUGGUGUGGCCCUUGCUGGAGUGUUCCUUUACUCCAGGGUGAAACGCAUAAAGCCAAAGCCGAAAACAGCUUGAAGUUCCGACUGGAAAAAAUUUGUUGGCAAUGGUGGCUGUUUGAUGAUGAAGCCAUAUUGCAUCAUAUGAGAGAUUGGCUGUAGGUCGAUCAGGGAAGGACUUCUGUUAGUUUUCAUUUUUUUCCCCCCUCUUUUUGUUUUUGUUCUUUUUCUUUAAGAAUGAUCAUUCUUUUGCGGACUAGAACAAGUUCACGAGCAGCAAAUCUGCGCUAUCCCAUUGCCUGUUGUCAUUUCGAUUUUCCGUCAUGGCAUAGUCAGGAGAGUUUGUUCCAUUUAUAGAAUGCUCCAGUUUGUAUGGUUGUAAUAUUUACAUAUAAAUGGGGAAAGUUGAAUUAUGAUC